AUUCUCGAGUUUUCCUGAAUUUUCUUUAAUUUUUCAGUAUUGAAUGUAAAAUGUCUAGUGUUUUGGACGUCACAAAGCCGGAUUUUGAUGUCGAAGCAUUUGUCGUCAAAUUACUCCGUGAAAAGUCGCUUGAUGGAUUAGUAAAAGAAGAGGAGGAGAUGGUUUCAGCUGUGAGAAGGCUUGAUUCAGAUGUACAUCAAAUAGUCUACGAAAAUUACAAUAAAUUUCUGACUGCGACAAAUACGGUUCGAAAAAUACAAGAUGAAUUCACGCAACUCGAUUCUGAAAUGAAAUCUCUCAGCCGAAGUAUGUCGACAAUAUCGACUCUAAUUGGGAAUCUUGACGGAGUUUUGGGCGAAAAACGUGACGAUAUUCUACAAUUGGGAAGCUCGUAUAAAGUUGUGAAUAGUUUGAAGCAUAUUUUCGAUCUUCCUCAUGUUCUGCGGAGUGAAUUCGAUGAGCGAAACUAUGGAGAAGUUCUUCGAAUGUUCAAAUUAGCAGAAGAGUCACUAUCGCAGUAUAAAGACGUUCCAACAGUUCAAUUAGUUCUUCAAAAAAGUAAGAAAAUUUAUGAUAUGACGGAAAAUCAAUUAAUGGAUCAACUGCGAAAUCCGGCUUCUGGUGCAGAAUUAGUAUCAGAAGCUGUAGAUUUAUUAUUAACAAUUGGAAGAGAUGAAGAUGAAGUUCAGAAAGUGUUGCUCACGUGUUCAGAACAAUCUUUAAGAGUAGAUUUGAAAGAAUUAUCAGCAAAUCAUUCGGAUGUUUUGGAUCUCGUUGAUAAAGCUUCUGAGAGUUUUAUUCCAAAUCUCACUCUGAUUGCAACAACUCAUGAUCGAUUAUUUGAGGAUAAACGAGAAGAUCUUAUUACGGUUUUGAAGACGGAAAUGAAUUCUCUGCAUGCUUUGGUUUCAAAAGUUUUUCUAUCAUCAAGUGAUGCAAAAGACUGUUCAAUUGUCGUCCGGGCUCUUGAUAGAUAUUUUCGAAAAAUCUCAACCUGCCGCUAUGUGAUUCCUGGACUUGACUUUCUUCCAUUAACUAUCGAACUAAUCAAUGCAGUAUCAAAACACGAGAUUGAUUUAUCAUUGACAAGAAUAAAAGAAGAACUCAAAAAUGGUUUGAAUGAAGUUCGAAAAGCAUUAAUUAAUGAAGAAAAGGAUUUAUCCGCUUUAGCAAGCAAAAUUGAACAAGUUUUUGUUCACCAAGUCAAGACCGCUCUUGCAAAUCUGCUCUUGUUCACAGCUAGCGAUGUCACAUUUGCUAAUCUUCCACCAGACGAGUUCCGUCAAUCUUUCUCAUUUAAUGCACAUGAACGUCUACUUGUACAAGCUUUUCAUAGAUUUUCCGAACUUGCUGAUGAAUACGAAUCCGGAGCCGGUGAGAUUCGCUUCGUUGAUCCUCGAGUUCAUCUAGUUUUCGCAGUUGCCCUACAACAUCUAUCAAACAAAUCUGCAGUUUAUCUUCUGAACUUAUGCAGAGAACAAUUCUCACUCUCUCCGGAUGAUGGGCUCACAGAUAUUACUGUAGUAAUGUCAGAAGUAAAGACAAGAGCUCAGAAGCUUGUGAGAUGUUAUGCAGAAAAGACGGGGUUAUCAAUGGGAGAGACUUUGAUUAAAGGAUGUGCUAUGUUGGUUCAACCAGCUGCCACUCCAAGUGCUGUAAGAGCUUCUGUACGUCGUUUAGUGGAAGAGAUGAACACUUGUGACAGUGAACUGACUUUAUUGCUCGGUGGAGAUUCAAAACCAAAAGAUUCUAGAGUAAGUCGUCGUCCAAUCACAACUGCUCUCGAUGCCGCCAGAGAUUCAUUGUGGUGUGAAAGAAUCGAUUUUCAUCUACAAAUUCACUUCAAUCGAGCUUCUAUCAUCACUGUGAUUGUGAAGGUUGUGUUGAAGAUCUUCAUCGAAUCAAUUCGUUUACAAACAUAUUCGAAGUUUGGUGUAGAACAAGUGCAAGUUGAUUGUUAUUAUUUACAGCGAUGUUUAGCUGCUCUUGUAUCGGAUGAGGUUGUGGUAAAUUCGAUGGUUGAUCAAGCAUUAUCUUCCGCUCUGAAAAGAUGUCAAGAUCCAGUUCUCGUACAUCCAUCUAGAUUGGCUCAACUCUGCGAACAACCUCCAGCUAACCGUCCGAGCUCACAAGCUUCUAGUUUGGGAUAUUAGCAUAAUUUAUUUCGAAAUAAUUUAUUGAUUGUAUAAAUUUUAACGCAUCAUUCGGGUUUGUAUAAUUUUUUUGGUUGUAUUUGUAAUUUGAGUGGAUUUAUUAUCUUUAUAAAAUAAUUUGGAUUGCAUUA